AUGUCAUUUUUUGAAAUAAGAAUGAUAAAAAAAGUUUUAAUUAUAAUUGUAUUAUUUAUGAUAUCACAAAAUGUUAAUGGAAAUUUUCCCGAUAAUUUAGAUGCUUUUUUAGGAUUAUUAUUUGAUACAGAAGCAUGUGAAAAUUUUGUAGCUAAUGCAGAUUAUUUGGGUGUUGCUACUAGAAAAUGUGAUCCAUAUACAUGUGAUUUUCCUCAUGAAAUGUGUAUGCGACCCUCUGCACUUUAUAAAGAGGAAAAAGCUAAUCAAUGUAGGAGUAUACCAGAAAAAUGUUUAAUAGCAGCAAAUAAUGGAAUGCCUUUACCACCAAAAAAAUCAUUUACAACAUUACCACCAAUUAUUAAUCCUAUACCACAAUCAACAUCACCACCAAUACGAAUUGUUCCACCAAAAUCAAAAACAUUACUACCAAAAACAAGAGUUAAUGUAUGUAGAUUAGAAAUUGCUCAAGGUCGUUUUUGUGGAUUUAAACAAAUGUGGUUCUGGAAUAAGGAACAUAAAAUGUGUGAACAGUUUUGGUUUCCAGGAUGUGUAACAAAAGAUACAAAUGGUAACUUGUUUGAAAAUCAAGAUCAAUGUUUAGAAGCAACCAAACACUGUAAAGAAGAAUUAGCUAAAAAAAAUGUUACACCAGCACCUAUAACAAAUGGAAAUAAAGUUACUAGGCAAAAUAAAAAUAAAUUUAUUGAAACAACAUCAUCAUCUGGACCAAUUGAUCCAAGAGAGUAUGGUGGAAAUGCAAUUGUUGGUGGAAAAGCUGUAAAACAAAAUAAUUUAUUAGGACUUAUAUCAAAUGCCUUAAAACCAAAACAAGGAGGAAAAAAAAAAGGUGGAAAAGGAAAUAAUAUGGGUGGAAAUUUGGCAACACUAGGAGCUUUAGGAAGUUUAGCACAAUUAGGUGGUUCUGGAAAUGGACCUGGUGGGAUGCUUCAAAGUCUUAUCGGUGGAAUGACUGGAAUGAAUGGUAAUAGAAAUGGAUUUGGCGGAGGUGGGGGUGGAGGUGGAGCCGGAGGAAUAGCUCAACAAUUUUUAUCAAAUAUGAAUUUAGGCGCAUUUUUAGGAUGA